CUCACUUUUGGGCCACCCCUCCGGCUCGACCACCCCGCCGGUCUUGCCCAAUAUUUGAGUCUCCGUUUCAAACACUUGAUCCAUCGCGUUCCGCACCCCCUUGAAACAAAUCGGGAUCAGCGCGGGAAGAUCGCCAACUUAAAUAUUUGGCCCGGACCAUCCCCAGCUUCACGAACCAUCUCAUCCAGAAUCUCACCACCGCUCUCCCAUCUACCAAAUACCGCCCAUUCACUCCUCAUCAUGCGAGAAUUCUGGAAAUCCUCGCCAUCCUGGCUAAAGCCCAAAUCCUGGCGUCGCAACGACGAAUGGCGCCGUCACGACGAAGACCCGCAAGGCGAAGAUCACCAGAACCUACUCCCGCCGAAGAAGUCCCGCCGGCAAACCUGGCUGAUGGGCGAGGGAUUGCGACGCACGAACAGAUCCAGACCGAAUACGAUUGCCACCGAAGCACGCUUCAGCAUGUUCGACUUUGGAUUCGGCGAUGCCGGCCAGACGAGUGUUGUGGGCGAUGCGGGCACAGGCGAUGGCAGGACCAAGCGCAGCUCAUACUUGGAAUUCCUGGCCGGCGACUCGUCUCAUUCCGCAACGAAGGUGGAGUUCCGCGACCCGUCGAAUGUCCGAUACAGUUCUUUCUUUGAUCAUAUGGUUUCUUGGGAUCGGUUUAUGUGAUGCGGACAGUAGUUUGGCCGAUUCGAGAUCGGGAAUGGAGAAGGCAUAUUACUACUACGGCUGCAAUAAUUACGAAGAGGAGUUAUGGAAACGAAAAAUAUCGACCAAAAAAAGUGAAUCAUGGCGACGGGAUUUGAAAUCCAAUGUCUCAACACACGUGGAAUGGGCGCGAAUACCGGGCAGGCCCUUUGUUGUUGUGCUCCUUGCUGGCUCCGCUGGUAUGCGGACCACGACGUGUUCCCCGAAACUUUUGCACGACAUCCUUGGUCGAAAAAUUCAAAUUAUG